AAUAUAAAUACGAACUACUCCCUUGAGAAAAAAGGCGAAGUGUGGCUGAUUUCAUCUAAACAUGCCAAGAGGAGGGCGUGGCGGAAGGGGAGGGGGAUAUGGUCCCAAGAAAAACUACAAAGGACAGAGACGACAUUUCACAGAUGCAGAGGAGCUUAAACAGCAACAGGAAAGAGAUAAAAAACAACAGGACUGGAGGAGACAGCAGGGUAUAGAGAGUGAUGAAGAAGAGGAGGAGGGGAAUCAGGCCACCCCCCAGAGCAGAGGGGCCCCGGGGGACCUCCCUCCCUCCGACUCGGACUCAGAAGAGGACAGUGACGACGAGGACAGGAAAGCAAAAGGUGUGGAACAUUUGAUAGACAUUCAAAAUCCAAACCGGGCCGGCGGAAGGCAGCUAAAGAAAGUCACAGAACUGGAUACAGGCGGGAAAACCCAGCUAACGAGACGGGAAAGGGAAGAAAUAGAGAAACAGCAAGCUAAAGCUCGCUAUCAACAGCUCCACAUGGAGGGGAAAACAGACGAGGCUCGGGCGGACUUAGCUCGCCUGGCCAUUAUACGGAAACAGAGAGAAGAGGCAGCUAAAAAGAGGGAGGAGGAGCGGAAAGCUGCAGAGGAGGCAAAGGGAAGUAAAAGCUGAUACAAGAUAACACUAGUAAAUAAAACAAGGUUGGAGCUUUUGAGAUCUUGAGUCUGCUGUACAUUUGAUGAGACGAGGAUUAACAUUUUUUCUGUCAAGGGAUAUUACUCUGUUGUCAGAAAAGGAAAAGAAAAUAUCCUCAAGUUUUUGAUGUUUUUCGAUAAUCAACACCAGUUUCUCUGCUUCUUAUCUGAAUUAUAAACAGCACAAGAUUAAACAGUUCUCCAAGAACCAAGACAGGAAAAAGUUGUAUUUAAAAUAGUAAAUAUAAGAAAAUAUACUGUAUGUAAACUAUUUAGAUGCAUUAGAGUUGUUAUAAUAUAUCAAAUUUCAUAUUAUCUAUCUUGUAA